AGGGCAUCGCAUCCUCAUGCAACAAUCUUGAAUCCUGGCCUUUGUCAAUAUUUGGGCACUGACUGGAAUUCUUACGGGCAGGGUCUGACAGUUUAAGUGGGUCAUGGAUACCUGACCCCAGCUCAAGGUCGGGGACUGGCCAAACGGGGCAGUGUGCAGAAGAGUGAGCAACCUAAGUUUUGUGGGGUUUUUUUGUUUCCUUAUCUUGCUUCUCGGUAUUUCCACCCAUCUGAGAGACCAAUCUCAACAUCUCCUGGUCCAGGCAGUUUCCCAGCUAGUCCCUGGCCAGAAUCAAAGGCUGGUAGGCGUGUUCCUUGCCUGAGGCUGGAGUUGGACCAAGCCAAGGAUCGAGAAACCCACCCCACGCGGAGCAGCUGUAUAAAGAGGCUGGCUGCCGCCCCGAAGUACCGGCUUUGCUGGAGAAAGCUCGCCUCCGGUCGACAACUGUGCUGAGCACCGGUCCAGCACCACGAAGAUGGCACCGGUUGCUGGCAAAAAGGCCAAGAAGGGCAUCCUAGAACGUUUAAAUGCUGGAGAGGUUGUGAUUGGAGAUGGAGGAUUCGUCUUUGCACUAGAGAAGAGGGGCUAUGUAAAGGCUGGACCCUGGACCCCAGAAGCGGCUGUGGAACACCCUGAGGCAGUUCGCCAGCUUCAUCGAGAGUUUCUCAGAGCCGGAUCGAACGUCAUGCAGACCUUCACCUUCUAUGCCAGUGAAGACAAGCUAGAGAACAGGGGAAACUAUGUGGCAGAGAAGAUAUCUGGGCAGAAAGUCAACGAAGCUGCUUGUGACAUUGCACGGCAAGUGGCCGACGAGGGAGAUGCUUUGGUAGCAGGAGGCGUGAGUCAGACACCUUCGUACCUCAGCUGCAAGAGUGAAACCGAGGUUAAAAAAAUAUUCCACCAACAAUUAGAGGUCUUCAUAAAGAAGAAUGUGGACUUCCUCAUUGCAGAGUAUUUUGAACAUGUUGAAGAAGCUGUGUGGGCAGUGGAAGCCUUGAAAGCAUCUGGUAAACCUGUGGCGGCUACUAUGUGCAUUGGGCCCGAAGGAGAUCUGCAUGGCAUUCCCCCUGGCGAGUGUGCAGUGCGCCUGGUGAAAGCAGGAGCCUCCAUCGUCGGUGUGAACUGUCACUUUGACCCCACCACCAGCUUACAGACUGUGAAGCUCAUGAAGAAAGGUUUGGAGGCCGCAGGGUUGAAAGCUCACCUGAUGAGCCAACCCUUGGCCUACCACACUCCUGACUGCAGCAAACAGGGAUUUAUAGAUCUCCCGGAAUUCCCCUUUGGACUGGAACCCAGAGUUGCAACCAGAUGGGAUAUUCAAAAAUAUGCCAGAGAGGCCUACAACCUGGGAGUCAGGUACAUUGGCGGGUGCUGUGGAUUUGAGCCCUACCACAUCAGGGCGAUUGCAGAGGAGCUGGCCCCAGAAAGAGGAUUUUUGCCACCUGCUUCAGAGAAACACGGUAGCUGGGGAAGUGGUUUGGACAUGCACACCAAACCCUGGAUUAGAGCAAGAGCCAGGAAGGAAUACUGGCAGAAUCUUCGGAUAGCUUCUGGCAGGCCAUACAAUCCUUCGAUGUCCAAGCCAGAUGCCUGGGGAGUGACCAAAGGAACGGCUGAGCUGAUGCAGCAAAAGGAAGCCACGACUGAGCAGCAGCUGAGAGAGCUCUUUGAAAAACAAAAAUUCAGAUCUGCAGAGUAGCCACAGGGCAACUAUUUGGGGUGAAUUCCUCUCUGUCUGGGCUAUAGUAUGCACAAAGACAGUAAAGGUGGCUAAGAGCCAAUGUGUGUUAACGCCAGCGUACACCUAUGAUUGGUAUUAGGAACUGGCAUUAUGAUUAGUAUUUAGCUAAACAAAAUAUAAUCACAAAUAGCACUUGACAUUUCUGAAAGUAUAAUUUAGAAGUUUACUUAGAAGUAAAAAAGAAAAGCCUAGUAAAUCUAAAACAGGUUUCCUAAGCACCCAUCAUGUGUAAGGUAUUACAGAAAUCAAUUGUAGCAUAGAAAGCACUAUUCAGAUGUGAGUCCCACUUCAAGAAGUUUGUAGGUUUGGGAAGAGGAUAGGACAUGAACUGCCAUAAAUGACACAGCAACCAGACAGGGACUGCAUCACAAAUGACACAGAAACCCACUCUUUCUAAGGUGUUGCUAGCAGUGGCUCCCAAGUCUUUUGAGCAUGACUGCUAUUGAGAAAUAUGUAACAUCCCUGUAGAAAAUGACACAUAACCAUGGAGAUGAAAUGAGGGAUCCAUUAUGGUAUUUUCUGUUCUCUUCCAUUUCAUUAAUAAAAACGUGCUGGUUGAACAUCUUCAA